UAACUGUGAUGGUGAAGUUAAGUCUCUGUUGGCAUCAGUUAGGGCCGUGGAGAAGCAAGGCCAGGGUUUGUAACUAGGCAGGAAAUGCAAAAAGAAAACUACUUAAUUCACACAGCCAGAUGAUGAGCUGAAGCAUCCAACAACUUCCAUCAUAUUAUCAUCGAUAUACCACUCUACAGUAACAUCUGACAGCAAUGGAAAAUCAGGACCAAUUGAUCAAAAUGGAGAUUCAUUCAGAUUCUCAGAUAUAUAUUGAAAGGACAGAAAGAGAAAAACCGAAGGUGAAAGAAAUUAUCAAAAAGAAACUGAAGAAAAACUGCUCGUGUUCUCUGCAUAAGGUUAAGAACAUCAUUACAGGCUUCUUUCCUGUUCUCCAGUGGCUCCCAAAGUACAAUAUUAAAAAAUGGAUUGUGGGUGAUGCCAUUUCAGGUCUGCUUGUUGCUGUUGUCUUGGUUCCGCAAUCAAUAGCAUAUUCGUUGCUUGCUGGCCUGGAACCCAUCUCCAGCCUGUACACAUCUUUUUUCGCCAACACUGUUUAUUUUCUGAUGGGUACCUCUCGCCACAUUUCAGUGGGCAUUUUCAGUUUAAUGUGCCUUAUGGUGGGGCAGGUAGUUGAUCGGGAGCUUCAACUGGCUGGAUUUGACGUAAGUGAAGACAGCAAAAAGCUGCCAAGGGUGUUGGCCAGUGGAGAGAAGUGGAACGCCAGUGUUAACUCAGCUGUGAGGAACAUUACCUUCCUUGGGCCAUUAAAUAUUGAGUGUGACGAAAAAUGCUAUGCUGCUAGUAUUGCAGUUGCCUUGACUUUUAUGGCUGGAGUUUAUCAGGUACUGAUGGGAGUUUUCAACCUUGGGAUUGUGUCAAAGUAUCUAUCUCAACCUUUGCUGGAUGGAUUUGCAACAGGAGCCUCAAUUACGAUCCUAACAACACAAGUCAAGUAUCUUGUUGGACUAAAAAUUCCACGCAGCCAUGGACCUGGUACAGUUAUUCUAACGUGGAUAAAUAUUUUUAAAAAUAUCCACCAAACCAAUAUCUGUGAUCUUAUAACAACUGCUGUCUGUCUUCCUGUGCUCAUCACUGUCAAAGAACUAGGAGAUCGAUAUAAGCACAAGAUUAAGUUCCCUCUGCCAACAGAGAUGGUUGCUGUAAUUGUAGCUACAAUAAUAUCCCAUUAUGCAAACCUAAAUGAAAAAUAUGGCUCAAGCAUUACUGGAGAAAUCCCCACAGGAUUCCUAACGCCCCAGAUCCCAAAUUGGAGUCUAUUUUCCAGAGUUGCCAUAGAUGCUGUGUCAAUUGCAAUCAUGAGCUUUACCUUCACAAUCUCAAUCUGCGAGAUGUUCGCAAAGAAGCACGGGUACAAUAUAAAAGCCAACCAAGAGAUAUUUGCUCUUGGAUUUUGUAACAUAGUCCCAUCCUUUUUUCACAGCUUCGCUUCCAGUGGUACUCUGGUGAAAACGCUCAUCAAAGAAUCAAGCGGCUGUCAAACCCAGCUCUCUAGUAUCAUCACUGCUAUGAUAGUAUUACUGAUGCUACUUUCCCUAGCACCCCUCUUAUAUUCUUUGCAGAAAUCAGUGCUUGCAUGUAUCAUUAUAGUCAGUUUAAGAGGAGCUUUCAGAAAAUUUCGUGAUGUACCAAAGCAAUGGCAAAUCAGCAAAAUUGACACUCUGGUCUGGGGUGUCACAAUGCUAUCUGUAGCUUUAUUAACCACUGAACUAGGGCUUUUAAUUGGGAUAGUCUUUUCACUUCUGUGCAUUAUUGCUCGCACUCAACUGCCAAGGACACCUUUGUUGGGCCAAAUCCAGGGUACCAGCUUGUACAAAGAUGAAACCGAAUAUAAAAAUCUUUCCUUCAUUCCUAGAAUUAAGAUCUUCCGCUUUGAAGCCCCACUUUAUUAUGCUAAUAAAGACUUCUUCCUGAAUGCCCUUUACAAAAAAGUUGAUCUCAACCCCGUUUUGGUGGCUGCAAAGUGCAAAAAAGCAGAAAAACAACAAAAUGUUCCAAAGAAAGGACGAAAGGAAAAAGAGGAAUUUAGUGGCAACAUGCAAGAAAACGACAUCACCAAUGAACGUUUUGUCUAUAAAUCCUAUGAUUUUCACACAAUUAUUCUUGAAUGUUCCACAAUCCAAUUCUUGGACACUGCUGGCAUUAACACAAUGAAGUCAGUCCUGAAGGAUUACAAUGAGAUUGGUAUCAGAGUCCUUCUGGCUAACUGUAAUCCUUCAGUAAUUGAUUCUCUGAGUAGAGGAGAGUAUUUUGGAGCAAGCUCCAAAGGCAUAGAUACUUUGAUGUUUUACAGUGUACAUUCUGCUGUUCGGUACGCUGAAGCCGCCUGGUCUGUCUCAGCUGACUCUUCCAUUUAAGAUUUCUCAGACCAAGGGUUGUUGCUACUUAACCUCCACAUGAAGACAUUCAUGUGCAAGUGAUAUCACAUGCCACAUUGCCUAUUUAAGCAUUUAAGGUUUUUUUGUUCACGUGUGCAUUUGAACUACAUUGUUUAAACUAUACCUUUAAAGACUUGCUUGAUGUCUCAGUGGAUAAAUGUAUGAUCUAUUACACCUGACAGUGUAGUGGGACAUCCAGAUAGGGAAAGUCUAAAGUUCAAUUCUUGAUGUGUGGUGUGUUAAUUUAAAUGAAUGGGAUUAUUGGCUUCCGUGUCACUGGCAAGGGGCAGGGAAGGGGAAUUCAGCCAUCACUGCUGCUUGUGAUUGAUCAAUUUAUGGACAUUAGACGAAGCCAAGGUUGGUCUUUUUUUUGGCCAUCCGGGUGACAUAUGCAGAACUCAUCAUGCUUAAAGAGUAUCUAACCCAGACAGAGUUCCAUAUAUGUAAGUCAUCUACUGUGUGGAAUGGAAUAAACACUCUCCCCCGGAGGGAAGCUCUUUGCUUAUCUAAAUCCAGAAAGUAUUAAGCUCACCAAGGCUUGGGAACCCCAGAAUAGGGUACUGCUGGAGUUUAACAAACUAAACUGAUUAUUGACUAUAUCUUACUUUUGAGAGCAGUGCCUGCCAAGCUUCUUUGAUUUGGAACCACCAUAGCUUUAGGUUUUGGCUUGCAGGGUUAACAGAAGCCAAGUAAAUCCCUGCUAUCAGUACAAGACGCGAUCACAAACAGAAAGCAUGCAGACAUUAGUUAUCUACGGUUAUACACAAAGAAACAGAGAGAAAGUUAAACAUUUCGCUACGAAGUGAAACUGCCUAACAUAUGGUAAACCAUCAUGCAUAGGGCUUCCUGAAAGACAUUCACUUCUGCACAACAUGGUACUUUGAGCAUUGUGCUGUGUAUACUCUGUAGUGCAGUGGAACCAUCACAUUGAGAAGGGAAUGGUGACUUGAUUGUCUAAUAAUUUGCAGCAUCUGGUUCUGCAAUAUUUCCCAAAAAGAAUAAAGGCAAUUGAAAUUAACAAGCCGGAUGGUACCUCAGCUUAAUAGUAUUCAUUCAAUAGUACAGCACAGAAAGUAAAACUGUAUUUUAGCCAGAGUGGAUAGGAGCUUAACAAUUAACUAGUGCACAACGUCAGCAAUAGGCUGCUUCCCGGGGAGAGGAGAUCCUGAUCAAAUAAAGAGAAAAUUCAUUUCUACUUCCUGUACAUCUAAUAUGAUGCAGAAUCAUGGUCAAUUUCAUCUAGAAAGUAAAACUGUACUUGUGUCCAGUUUCAGUUGAACAAGCGGAAGGGCAUAUGUACAGUACAAUAUACUAAAGUGAGUGAUUCUAACAGUGACAAUAUUAGAAUAUUGCAUGAUUCAUUUUAAAUUGUAAGGACCAAUCAUGUAAACAUUAUGAAUAUAUAGGAUGGAAAUAAAGCUACUGUAUUUCUGACAAAUCACUAAAAGUAAAUGCACUAAAUUCUAAAUUACAGUACGGUAUUACACUCCUGAAUCCUUCCGUUCCCAACAGGCUCAUGGUCACAAAUUUAGCAGAGUGCACAUUGUUACUUGAAGCAUUUAUUUCAUAAUACUAAGUAUGAAUCAAACUGUAAACAAAGCAUAAUUUGCAAUCAUUUUGUGAAAGUUGUAUUUGUAAUCAUAUUGAAUAAAUGUUCAUCUCACAAA